AUGUUACAUAGACAUGCAUCCAACAAGGAUCUCAAAUUGCUGACAGCUGCAUACCAAUGUAUCACUAUACCUCACAACAACAUUUACAAGCAACGAACCCCUCUAGGCAAUACUGUCCUGCACUUGGCUGCUGCCGAAGGCGAUAAUGAAAUGAUAGCAAGCGUGAUAGCUGUACGAGCUCCCCACCUUUUCACUGUCACUAACAACAAUUAUGAUACUGCACUCCAUGUUGCAGCAAGGGCAGGCCGCGCCUCUACCAUUCAAACCCUCCUUAAUUGCUUUUUCAGAUUCAUUCGGGGUAAAACCGAACGUCGAGGUGAUCGGUUCAUGUUGGACAAGCUGCUUAUGGUAUCACUCACCUUGUUUCGAAACAAACAAGGAAACACCUUCGUCCACGAGGUCUUCAUGGCCAAUGGUCAACACGGGGAUGAGAUUUUUCAAGCUUUCCAACAUUCUUUCAUGCAAGAUCUUUAUUCUAACCAGCAGCAUCCUUUCACCGAAGAUACUUUCGACGAGGCUGACUUCAAGGGGAUUGUUAAUUAUUUGGCAGCAUUUGCAGUCAACAGGGAAGGGAAAUCAUUAUUGUACCUGGCCGUUGAGGCUGGCAAAAAUGAGCAAGUCAUUGUUCUACUCAUGGACAUCUGCAUCAAAUAUGACCUAGUGCCCCAAGGAAAAUCAUUGGGAAGAACAAAGUCAGAUUGGAUUCACUUGAAGAAUGAAGAAGGGAGACUUCCACUUCACGAUGCAGCGUCCACAGGUUUCCUUGAAGGUGUUUCCCACUUAAUUGAGAAAUGUGAGAACUGCAUUAUCGAAAGGGACAACAAUGGUUGCUUUCCAAUUCAUUUGGCAUGUAUUGGAGGUCAUUUCAAAAUAGUUCAAGAAUUGCUAAAACGCUAUCCACAUCCCAUUGAGACUGUGGACAACAAUGGCUGA